AUGCAGAAUCCCUUGCCGCUCCUUGUUAAUCACCGCCGCCUCUUCAGAACUGACGACGAAGUUGUUGCAACGACAUUGCGAGACUUGGGCUUUUCGCCAUUGACCGAUGUGCAGUGUGCACUUCAACUUAGGGGUGAUAGGCUCGAAGAGCUAUUCGUGUUCACCGGAGGUCAUGACAGCCAGUCUUGGGCGUGGAACUCUGUCUCGUUUGGAGACGAUGAGUAUCAAAUGCUCAAGUGA